AUGUCUUCCAAGCAAGACCGCAUUACGGAUGCCAUGAAGGAGCGCAUUUCUCAGUUAGAAUCAGAGCUGUCCCAGUGCAAACAUCACCUUAGUGAGGUGUUCCAACAAAAAGAAUCGAUUGAAUGUGAUAUAGAGGCGUUGCAAAAGGAGGCUCAUGAUGUCGUCGCCCAGUGGGUUGCAAAAUCUACUGAUCUGCAAACAAAACUAGAUGCGUCAGUGUCGCAAGUUGGGGUUGCAAAAGAUGAGUUGCUUCUCAGUAAGAGGAGCAAUGAAGUUCUUCAACGCCGUUUGCAAGACGCUGAUGAAACAAAUCGAGUACAGGCUGAGGAGUUAAGUCAUCUACAAAAAGUUCAACACGAUCAAGCUGCGAGGUUAGCGGCAAUGGAGAAAGAUUUUUUCUCUGCAUCCCAGCAGAAUAUUCAUUACGAAAAUCUUGCAAGCAAGAUGGAUUUAGAAAUGAAACAGGUUGUAGAAGAGAUGAGGUCUUUGAUACAAGAGAAAAAUAUACUGAUAGACGCUGUAGCUGAGCUUAAAGAAGAAAAUCGCAGCUUAGAGGCAUCCUGCUGUGAAACAAGGAACUCUAUUGGAAAGCUUGAGAAUGAGGUAGCUGAGUAUAAGCACAGACUGCACCAGGUUUUGGCUAUAUGGAAGCUUGAUCAGGAGGAACGUGGUGUUAGGGAGGAGAUUGUUUUUCAAUUCGGAGCAUUCUGCUUGGGUGUUCUUUGGGAUAAGGCAAAAGAAAAUAUUAAUGAUAAGGCUUUAUUACAAAAGAAACAUCAGACCCUUGAGGCAGAGAUAGAUGUUUUGCGCAAGGAAAUCUCCCUUUAUGAGACUGAAGUUCAAAAAAAAUCUUUUGAAUUAUCAGUUCUGCAUCAGGACCAUGAUAAAGCAACCAGCAAUUUAUCUCAACAAAUCCGUUUGCUAGAGCAAGACAUAACUGAACUUCAAGAUUCACAGACAAACCAAAAUCAAAUUGUAGAAUUUUUACAUAGGGAGCUUGAAAAUUCUACCACCCAAAGCGAGCGUUACAAGUCACUUAACGAGGAUUUGUCCACUGAGUUUAAAGCUGUAAAAGAGUCCUACUCUUCAUUGCUUCUGGAGUAUAACGAACUUAAAGUAUGUGAAGAGAGGUCUCAACGAGAGCUGAAUGCCAAAAUUGCACUUUUGACCGAUGAAAAUAAAAACAUUAGAGUCAAUUAUGAUCUUCGCUUAGAAGAAAUUAUGAAGGAAAAUAGAAGGUUGCUUGAACGCUUGUCAUUUACGGAAAUGGAGUCUGUUAAACAUGCAGAGGUUGAAGCUAGACUAAUUGUAAAAUUAUCUCAAAGCAAAGAAUGGUCCAUAUUGUUAUCCGACUACAGUUCUCAAUUGGUAAAUUGUUUACGGGAUAACUAUGGGCAAAUUCUCUUUUUGAGCAAAGAGGUGGGCUUGAAAGAGUCUCUUUUGCAGGAAAAGAAUGAAAUGAAUUACGUUCUAUCUGAGAAGCUAGACGCCUUGGAAAAGAAGGUUUUGUUGAAACAAUAUGAAAUAACACAAUUGGAGUCUAAAAUGCUGGAUUUGUCAUCUGAACUUGAAACUUCCACGACAACUUGUAAAGAGGUUACCACUGAUAACACUUGGCUUAAAGAGCAAGUGGAGAGUAUGCGACAUGAGCUAGGUGAACUUGACGAAUUAUUGAAUUUUAAUCUCAACGAAAUGAGGGAGGAAUCUGAAAGGCAACAAUUGGAACAAAAAAGACUACUUCAACAGAUCCACCGAUACGAAGCUCUUCUUCGACAGUCUCAGGAGAAGAUUAAUUCGCUGGGUGAACAUGGUAUGAUGCUUGCUACUGAUAGCGAGGCAAUUUCCAAAACACUAUUGCUGACAGAGGGUGAGUUGUUGAAAGCCAAGGAGGAGCUUGCAGCCUCACAUCAGCGGGAGGAGGCUCUUAUGGAACAGAAACGACAAAUUGAAUCAAAUCUUCUGCAGCUCCAAAAGAAACAUGUAACUGUGGACAGCCAAACAGCCGUUUUGCAAGAACAGCUACAAACCCAGGAGGCGAAAUUACGCCUACUCAGUACAUCGUCCCGCCAAGAAAUGGAGGCGGUAAAGAUAAAGUUAAACAGCUUUAUAGAAAAAUAUGAAGAAGCUGAAGCAAGAGUGAGUGAUCUUUCAAAGCGAAUAAAAGCCUCUGAAAAUAUUCAGAGCAAUUUACGAGAAUCAUACCAGAAGGCGAAAGCUGCUUUAGAAGAGGCCAAACAACGCUGUUGCAAGGACACUGAAACGAUACAAAAACUGCUAGAGGAACGUCAGAGUCUAGAAAAAGAACGGGAUACUAUUGUGGAGAAGUACAAUCGCGUCUAUGACAUGUUGAAAUCCUUAAAAAAAGACAGUGUAGGGAAAUUUGCGGAUGAAGCACAAAAAUUGUCUGAUUUAUGUUUCCAACAGGAAGUGGAAUUACAGCAACUUCGUCAUCAGAACAUUAUGCUGAAAAGGGGCAUCAGAAAACUGCCUGUUGCUUCCAGUGCCGAUAACCACAUAGAACGUCCAAUCUUUGUCGAACGUCUUAAUUUAACGGAGGGUCCUCUCCGGUGUCCAAAGAAGCGACCAUCAUUGAAUUAA